AUGUCACCGGGGCACCGUCUGGACCGGCGGAAGAGUUGCGCACUGAAGGUGUCCUGGCAGGACGGGCAGCAGCGCCUGCGCACUGAGGGAGAUUCCUGGCCGGACAUGCGGCAGCGCAUGCGCACUGAGGGAGACGCAGGCGGGACAGGCAGGGGCGCUUGCGCACUGCAGCGGCGAGCAGGAGCGCGCCGAGCGGUUCCCGCCGCCCGUCAGUCGCCGGUCCCGUACGUCACAGCCGGUUGCCGGCCCGGUCUCCGGCCGACGGUAACGGGUCACCGAUCGACCGCUGAACGGCAGGCUGCCGGGCACGGAAUGGCCAUGUCGGUGCGGUUCACGGUGACACCGACCCGCGCCGAGGACGUACCGGGACUGGGGGGCAGCCCCGAUGUCGCCGGCGGCGGAGGCGAUGCGGCCGACCGGAUGCAGGACGGCGAGACGGCGGCAUCGCAGGGAGUUGGCGACCCGGGACAAUCAGCGAGCGGCGCAGUGGAAACGGGGGAAGAUCCCAUGCGAUCUAUAUUUUCAGACCAGCUUAUGAUGAUCAACCUUCUCAAAGGCCUUGCUAAAGUCCACCUUGACAACACCCACUUCCCUACCACUUUGAAGAACUCCAAGAGAUUUGUUCGAUGUCAGUCCCCACUCACAAAGACAGACAUCACCACCAUCAUCCUGUUUGGCGCCUGUGUGGACGGAGUCGUUCUCCGCGACAAGUUCGGAGGGGCGGUGAACGGGACGCUGGUGGUGGGAACCCUGUCCUGGCCGACCCACUGGGUGAUAGUUGUUGGCUCUUUCUUCUCCACGUGUGGGGCAGGGCUGCAGAGCCUGACCGGAGCCCCUCGAUUGCUGCAGGCCAUCGCCAGGGACAACAUCGUCCCCUUCCUGCAGAUAUUUGGCAGGGAGAAGGGGAACGGAGAGCCCACUUGGGCCUUGUUGCUGACGGCGGCCAUUGCUGAGCUGGGAAUCCUCAUCGCCUCGCUGGACAUGGUGGCCCCCAUCCUCUCCAUGUUCUUCCUGAUGUGCUACCUGUUUGUGAACCUGGCCUGCGCCCUGCAAACUCUCCUCCGCACCCCCAACUGGAGGCCUCGCUUCCGAUACUACCACUGGAGCCUCUCAUUUCUGGGGAUGAGCCUGUGCUUGGCCCUGAUGUUCAUCUCCUCUUGGUACUACGCCAUAGUGGCCAUGCUCAUCGCUGGGAUGAUCUACAAGUACAUUGAGUUCCAGGGGGCAGAGAAGGAAUGGGGAGAUGGGAUCCGGGGUCUUUCCCUCAGCGCCGCCAGGUACGCACUACUCCGACUGGAAGAGGGACCGCCCCACACCAAGAAUUGGAGACCCCAGCUGCUGGUCCUGCUGAAGCUGGACGAGGACCUGCACGUCAAGUACCCGCGCCUCCUCACCUUCGCGUCGCAGCUGAAGGCGGGCAAGGGUCUCACCAUCGUGGGCUCCAUGAUCACCGGCAACUUCCUGCAGAGCUACGGGGAGGCGGCUGCCGCAGAGCAGACCAUCAAGGCCCUGAUGAGCAGGGAGCGGGUGAAGGGUUUCUGUCAGGUGGUCGUGGCAGCCAAGGUACGUGAGGGCAUCUCCCACCUGAUCCAGUCCUGUGGGCUGGGUGGGAUGAAGCACAACACCGUGGUGCUGGGCUGGCCCAACUGUUGGAGGCAAAGCGAGGACCCCCGUGCCUGGAAAACCUUUAUUGGUACGGUGCGGGUGACCACGGCCGCCCAGCUGGCCCUGCUCGUGCCCAAGAACAUCAGCUUCUUCCCGGGGAAUGGGGAGCCUUUCACCGAGGGCACUGUCGACGUCUGGUGGAUUGUGCACGAUGGGGGGCUGCUCAUGUUACUGCCCUUCCUGCUACGCCAGCACAAGGUGUGGCGGAAGUGCAGCAUCCGUAUCUUCACGGUGGCCCAAAUGGAGGACAACAGCAUCCAGAUGAAGGCGGACUUGGCCACCUUCCUGUACCACCUGCGCAUCGAGGCCCAGGUCGAGGUGGUGGAGAUGCACGAUAGCGACAUUUCGGCCUACACCUACGAGAGGACGCUAAUGAUGGAGCAGCGAUCCCAGAUGUUGCGCCAGAUGAGGCUGUCAAAAACUGAAAGAGACCGAGAGGGAAUCACCAGCUCCUUCAGCAGUCUGCCUGUCCCACAAGCGCAGCUGGUAAAGGAUCGGAACUCGACGCUGCGGCUGGCCAGCCUGGGCUCCGACGAGGAGGACGAGGCCGACGGAAUUCCCGACCGGAUCCAGAUGACCUGGACCCGGGACCGGUACCAGGAACCGCAGCGGAGCCGAUGCCAGACCCCCGAUGGCUUCCGGGACCUGAUGGACAUACGCCCUGACCAAUCCAAUGUCCGGCGGAUGCACACGGCGGUCCGGUUGAACGAGGUCAUCGUCAACAAGUCACACGAUGCACGGCUGGUUCUGCUCAACAUGCCAGGCCCUCCAAGGAACAGCGAUGGCGAUGAGAACUACAUGGAGUUCCUGGAGGUGCUGACCGAGGGACUGGAGCGAGUGCUGCUGGUCCGAGGGGGGGGCUGCGAGGUUAUCACCAUCUACUCCUAGCCCCCUCGGCGCACAGCAAGAUCCCAGCACCGGCUGGACCGGGCCACAGAAUGGGCUGUGGUUGUGGUGGGGAGACACUUACUGGGGAAGAGUGAGGGAGGGGGAGAGAUGGGAAAAGGAGAGGUUAUGAAGGGAGAGUUGGGGAGAAGGAAGGAGAAUGUGGGAG